ACGAAAUAAUUGAACAGUUAUCUAUAAUAUGUAAUUUUGUUUUCUCAGUAACAGCCACAUCAAUUGCUAUCACAACUCCAAUGGGUCCACCAAUAUUUCAAAAUGGAAAAGCUGUUUGUUCAAUUGAGUAUUGUUCAAUAUGGGCAUUUAUCACUUAUUCCUCUGCUUCUAAAUUAGUUUUCAAAGCUUACAAACAAAAGACAUUCAGUGAUGAUGAACUCGAUUUACUUCCAUUUGCUCUUCAAGCUAGAUUUUUAUAUAAUGCUUUUAAAACGUCCAGAGGGAAUAAACUUUUGUAUCGGAUAUGGAUCGCUAAUAAACAUGUCAUAGCUUUACAACUUUUGUUCACAAUGAUGGCUGCUACAUUAUAUUAUGCUCCAAUUGGUUUCUUGUUCCUUUUUUUAUCGUUUAUUCAAACGAAACUAGAAGGUGAUUCGUUGAAGCCCGGAUUUUUAUAUCUAUUUGGUCUGCUUAUAUCAAAUAUCAUAUUAAAUUUCAUUGCUGCUCAGAAUUGGUAUUGGGCUUCAAGUGUACUUGAA